AUGCGUGAAGAAGGCUUCGCUGAUGAUGGACUCUUCGAUCAAAUGAAAAUGUUCUUUCUUCCGUUGACAAUGGUUGAGCAAGAUCUUACAAUUGACGAUGAUCGAUGGAGUCAAUUUGCAAGCAGACGACUUGAAGAACAAGUGGCCCUUCAACAGCGUUGUGAACAGCUUUUAGAAAAACUUAUCGAAAUCGAAGAUGAAUACUAUCGACAUGAUGAUUCGAUCACUAAAUUAAGGCGAGAGCUAGAAAUGGAAACAGCUCGACGUGCUCGAAAGACACCAGAUGGAGAAGAAAAUUUUUCCGUUCCACAACUGAUUGAAGAUCAUCAUCAAGAAAUGGAAAAACUGGAACCGAUAAGAAGCGAAUUGCGAGCCGAGAUCAGUACUAUUGAAGGUAUGGUUGCAAGUAUAGACCAAGGAUUGUGUGAUCGAAUAACAAAUCUUGAUCGAAAUCUCAUCAAACCAAAUCGUGGAUUCAUUAUGUACGGACCACCAGGUACUGGCAAAUCAGAUAUUAUGAGCAAAUUGUCGGUUCGGAUCGGAGUAAAUAUAGUCGCACCGCCACUUGCCGCUGGUGAACUCAAUCGAUCUCUCGUCGGUGAAUCCGAACGAAUCAUUAAUGAUAUUUGCAUGCGUUGUCAUCAAACACCGCAUCUCAUGUGUUGUGUGUCAAUCGAUGAAAUUGAUUCAUUGGCACCUAAACGUACUGAUGAAGCGAGAGAUAUCAGUGUGGCUAAGUUGAGUGUGCUUCUAUCAGUCAUCGACGGCAUCAAAGAUGUUCCCAAUCUUAUGAUUUUCUGUGCCACCAAUCGACUGCACAUGAUGGAUGAAGCGUUUUUGCGGCGCAUGUCAGGCAAAUUCUUCGUCGGACGACCAUCCUCACAUGCACGCAAAAAGAUGUUGUCGGCCAUCAAACCGUGGCAUGCAGCACCCAACAUUCUCGAUAAAUUGACCAUGGCAACGACCAACUUUAGUGGGGCGGCUCUCAGGCAUGUACUAUUUUCAAGAGAUUGAGAAUCUUGGUAUGAUUAAGAGUGAGGAUAUGAUGGAUUCGCCGGACAUAAUGGACCAUAUCAAUGAGAAGGAAGAACACAUACAUGUCGGCAGUCAAACAAGGAGAGAAGGAUGAGGCAGGGCGAGCUAACUAGUCUAGCAAUCCACAGAAGUUCUGUUGAAAUCUUCCAGCAAUCUCAGGAAAUAUAGCUGUAAGAUUCAUUUUACAAUCUUAUGAUAUCUUGUAUCCACGAGUUCUUGUAGGAUGUUAUAAGAUCCUACAAGAUCACU